UUUAAUAUAACGGCCUCGACUGCAAUGUAAAGGAGCAAGAGUACGUUUAGGUCACUGAAUCUGCGUUCAUUUUAGGAAAGUGAUUUUGAAAAUGAAGCAUAUCUCUAAUGUACUCUCAUUGCACAUGUUUUUGAUCACGUACGGUGUAACUUAUGUCUGGACAGAUGAAGUAUCAGUGUUUGUGAUGGAGGGAGAUUCAGUCAUUCUAAACACUUUUAUUAAAACAAACCAACAGGUCAGAAUGAAAUGGUAUUUUAAUGAUAUUUGCAUUGCUCAAAUCAGUAGAGAUUGCAGACAGGCCUGUACAGAUGAGCUGUGUGAACAUUCUGAUGAGAGAUUCAGAGACAGACUUACACUGGACAAUCAGACUGGAUCUCUGACCAUCACAAACAUCACAACCAGAGACUCUGGACUUUAUGAACUUCGGAUCACUAGCAAAAGCCAAAGAAUCCGUAGAAAGAUCUUCAUUGUUGCCGUAUUUGGUUUUUUCGGUGUUGAUACAAGAAGAGUGUCUGUGAUGGAGGGAGAUUCUGUCAUGUUACACACUGGUGUUAAAACAACCCAACAAAACAAAAUUACAAUGAGAUGGUAUUUUACUGGCUGUCAAAUUGCUGAAAUCUCUGGAGAUCACAGUGAUAUAUGUACAGACGCUCAGUGUAAAGAUGCUCAUGGGAAAUUUACAGACAGACUGGCUCUGGAUCAUCCAACUGGAUCUCUGACAAUCAAAAACAUCAGAACCACAGACUCUGGAAUCUAUAAACUACAGAUCACCCGCAGUGGCAUGGGAAUCAGCAUCACAAAGACCUUCAAUGUUACUGUCACUGGUCUUUUUGGUUUUAGAGCCAUAGUGUCAGUUUUUGUGAAGGAGGGAGAUUCAGUUACUCUACACACUGAUGUUAAAACAAACCAACAAAAAUAUAUUAAAUGGUAUUAUAAAGACAUUCAAGUGGCUGAAAUCACUGGAGAUCUCAGUUAUAUCUGUACAGAUGUUCAGUGUGAAGAUGCUGCUGAGAGAUUUAGAGACAGACUGAAGCUGGAUCAUGAGACUGGAUCUCUGAUCAUCACAAACACCAGAACCACAGACUUCGGACUUUAUAAAAUGCAGAUGAAGAACAGCACCAGAAUCAGUGAAAAGACCUUCUUUGUUGCUGUAUAUGGUGCUCCUGCUGUUAAACCAGAUGAAAUGUCAGUAGAAGAGGGAGAGUCUGUAACUUUAGAUCCUGGAGUAAUAAGAAACAAGAAUGAUUUGCUGAUGUGGUAUUUUAAUGAUAUUUGCAUCGCUGAAAUCAAUGGGGAUCAGAGUAAGAUCUGUACAGAUGAACAGUGUGAAGAUGCUGAUGAGAUGUACAGAGAGAGACUGAAGCUGAAUCAUCAGACUGGAUCUCUGACUAUAAGAAACAUCAGAUGUACAGACUCUGGACUCUAUAAACUACAGAUCAGCAGCAGCAGUGACAGCAUCAUAAAGAUCUUCAGUGUUAUUGUUGGUAGUGAGUAUCUGAUGAAUGUGUAA